GAAAGCUGCUCAACACCGUCUCUGCUUGGUCUGGUAGGAAAUGAUUAGGACUCUGAAUAGGACUUGCUGAAAGAAAAAAGCUUUCUGACCAAAACAGAAUGAGUGAAGUCUCACUGUGAUCUGAGGCAAUUCUUUUCAAAGUUAAUGGAAGAGAGAUGGAAGAUGAAAGACCACAUUUGAGAGACACCAUGCAUCCAAGGACGGGAUAUGGCUUAUAGCAGACUGCUGCUGCUGCUGCUGAUAGGAGCGACUGUCCCCCACCUGCUUCAAGUCCACGCAAGACCUGCUGACUUUUGGUGUGAUACCAACACUAGGCUGAGCCUGAUGUUGAAUUUUAAAGAUGAGGGAAACUGCCCAGACGUCUUACCGUCUCCUUUUCUUGUGCCAUGUGUGGGGCUAAACCUGUUGGAAUGGGAAAAUAAAACUCUCCAGGAGAAAAAGGCAGAGGUUCUGGAGGACUUCCAGGUGUUUCAAGAUGGCAUCUGGCAUGUUGGGAAUCAGAGCAACUUGGAAUGCCAGGCUUGGGUGGAGACUUUUAAGCACAAUGUUUUGCAAUUUGUGAAAAUUGUCAGCAGAGUUCACAAACAGAAUGAUGGCUCUACACCUCCUCGAACUCCGACACAAACGUGUGGUGAAAAAAACAAACUUAGUGAAGUCUUGAAGAUAUACAGAAAGCUAACCAGAGGGAAGCUGGAAUAUCUUGCUACAGACAUCAGAGAAACUGACUGUAUUUAUAACAGGAAAAGGAGUUUAAGGCAAGAGGAUGUAUCGUGGUGACAAAGAUGCAAAAAGACUUGGUAUGGACCUACGUUUUGAACAGUAACGGUACUGGAAAAAAUAAAGCUGGGGUCUUGGAUUGGAAUCGAGGAUGAAGAACUACAAACCAAAAUAGCUGAACUGAAUCAUAGACUGCAUAUUGAGGGCAUACAUAUUUAUAGGGAUGUCAUUCGGUCUUCUAUGGACUGCAGUUUCAAAGCAUUGCCUUUGACAUUUGGGAGUGAGGAGACUGGUCUUUUGGAACCAGCGGUGACUUGCAAAGGAUUGGUCUUACUAAGAUGCAAUGACUGAGGAGAAAAUGAACUUCCCUUCGGCAACAACUACAAACCCUAGAUAUUCCAUAAAAAAUAAUCUAUGAAAUACCAGAUCUACUCAAUUAUGAAUGAGCUGAUUGCAUUCCAGUCACAAGUCUUUAAAGAAGUGGGCUUACUAAUAACCAGGCUAGCUACAGCUAAUAUAAAUGAAUGUGCUGUUAUAGAUAACAGCACAUCAUGCUGUUUUUUUCUAGGCCGCCCUUGGCGGCAUCCCACAAGAACUUAGACAAAAAAGUUACCUGUCAGUUAUUGACCUGAACAAGUUUUGUAUCAUUUUCAUAUCCAGUCAUUGGGUAAUAGACACCCUUUUGUGUUGUGCAGGGUACAUGCCCUCUAAUCCUUACAUCCUUAUUGGAUAAUGAUACUGAAGUUUCCAAUUGAUUUAUACAUUCCAAUUAGUGCUAAACUGUAGGAAUAAUUUUUUUAGUUUAAGGAAUUUUAAAUGGAAAUGAUGUUUAGUUUAAAUUCGGGUCAAACCUGAACUGUAGAAAAGAGGUCUAUCAAAAUACAAUUUAAAAUUUCUGAAACCUUUAUUAUAUUUGUGAAAAUACAUAAACAAAAACACACAUUUAAUUUUUUUUAUGACAUUAUGACCACUAUAGCUUGAGAAAAGUGUGAAAAGUGCAAACUUGAAUUAUUUCUUUUAUACUGAUUACAGAGUUUAAAAAACACAGUUUUCAAUUUGUAAAGUUUGUGUUUGUGUAAACAAAAACCUGGUGUUCUUAGUUUUCUAAAAAAUAUAGGUAAAAUCUGAUCCUGUCCUAUCUUCUGAGUGAAUGUAUUGUCAAACCUCUAAUAUAUGUAAAUACCCUGCUCAAAAAAAUUAAAGGAAACUUUUUUACUCCGAGUAUAAUAUCAAGACAGUUAAAACUUCUGGACCAUUGAUUUGGCCAGUUCAGUAGUAGGGGAAGUUGUAAAUCAGUGUCAGCUGUUUUGGUGUUAAUGAAAUUAACAACAGGUGUACUAAAGGGGCAACCAUGAGACGACCAGAAAACAGGAAUGGUUUUGCCACAGACAGUUUUUCCCUAAUGAUUGUUUUUUAUUCGCUUUUCAGUGGUUUUGUAUUUGACCAGGGUCAGUUAGAGGACAGGGGCAUUAGAGAAGCUGCGGUGAACAUUAUGCUGCCUGCACCAUUGUUCAGCAUGAUCGGUUUGAUGGUGGGUCAGUGUUGGUCUGGGGAGGCAUAUCCAUAGCGGAACGGACAGAUCUGUCCAGGAUGAAUGAUGGCACCCUGAUGAAAUCCUUAGACCCUUCGUUAGACCCUCAACUGGUGCAGCGGGUACUGUGUUCCUCCGUGCUUCAUGUGGAAAGAGUAUGCAAGCUGUUCCUGGAGGAUGAAGGAAUUGAUACCAUUGACUGGCCUCCAUGCUCCCCUGGCCUAAAACCAUUAGAACAUCUCUGGGACAUCAUGUCUAGGUCCAUCCAACGGCACAUGGUUCCACCUCAGACUGUCCAGGAGCUCAGUGACACCCUGGUCAGGAUCUGGGAGGAGAUACCCCAGGACACCAUCCAUCUCAUGAGGAGCAUGCCCCGACGUUGUCAGACGUCAGGCAUGCAUACAAGCACGUGGAAGACAUGCAAACUGCUGAGGACCAUUUUAAGUUGAUGCAAUGACAUUUCAGCAAACUGGACAAGUUUGACGUCUUAGUUUGUUUAGUUUAUAGUUUUUGGCGACUUCGGAUUAAGCCCUGUGUGGGUUGAUGAUUUUACUCAAAUGAUGAUGCAUCCCUUUGUUCAUAACACCUUACCCAUUCUAUAUCACUUUGGAUAUCUAGCAUUAUUGUUUUUUCAAUUUAGAUUGUAUUUUUGUGUGUUUUUAAAGUGUUUCUUUAAUUUUUUUGAGCAGUGUAUAUAUUGGAUUAGAAGAAGGAGAUGACCUCAGCCACACUUGUGCAAGAGCUGCCAUAGACAGUAGUUUCUAAAAGCUGGGAAUAGCAAAGACAAACCUGCUGUGAAAUUUAAGACUGAACAUAGACUGACAAACUACCCUCAAGCUGCAGUAGUGUAUCUGAUCCAUAAACCUGCUUCAAAGUCUCAAUAUUUGCUUUUACAAAAAUAUAUUGCACAAUCAGCUCAUAGUGCAACCAAACUUCCACUUACAGGUUGUUCUGGUUCUCUCAGUCUCAUAGAGACUAAUUUGAGGAAUAUUCUUCACACAGUUUAUCUUUAAAUGCCCCUUCAAACAGCAAAUGCUUCAGAAAAAUGCCUAAACAUUUCUAAAUGUGUUUGUCAUGUGCCCCUAGACGUUGUUAAAGCUCUUGCAAUAUACAAAUAAAAGUGGGAGUGUAGCGCCUUCUGUGGGUGCUGGAUGAGAGGUGCAAAUGACCAGGUUAAGCUGUCCAGAUAUUUAACAUUGCCAUCUUUGAUUGGAGAUGGGUUGCAACUUUAAUCACAUGUUUUAGAGACUGUGAUAAUGAUUCUAUGGUGGUUCUCUCUAAAAGCAGAGUAGUAAAAGUAAAUAACUCUAAACUGGACUGAAUCUAUUUAAUAUGCAGUUUAAAGUGUAAAAAGGUAUGCUCUCUCAAAGUUCAACACGAGGUUAAGUCAAAUGUGAAGUAUGAAUAUAUUCUGUCACUGUACAUUUAAGUUGAAUAUACUGUAUUUUCAUUUGGAUCAUGGGAUACAACAUGAAAAUAAGUUACCUGUAUUACUUUAAAAUGAAUCAUAAAAUCACUUGUGUUAUUGUAUAUAAUGUAUAUAUGUGAAAUGCUGCUGGGUGUGUACAGGUUGUAAACUUUAAAAGGCUGUGUUAUGUGUUAUUUAUUUACUGUGGAGGACUUUGGACUAUUUGAACUGAAGAUGGACCAUCAUCCUGUUGUUAGCUGCUCUGUGUCGCUGGGAUCAUCACUUUCAUUAAUGGCUUUGAGAAAAAGUGUAUUUUCCAAAAUAAAAGUCUAAAUCUA